AAAUGUCUGGCCCUUGUACAGUACUAUCUUCUACACUUGAACGAGUAGCUAAGACGCGUGACUAUAUGUCCCUCGAAGGAAAUCGAAGCGUUUACACCUAGGCACGAGACCGUAUCCUCGUUAUGGUCUCGCAUCAAAAAGCAGCAGGUCGUCUAUGUGCGAGGUACUCUAGGAAGUGGGAAGUCAACCCUUGCAUCUCUACUUCAACACCAUGGUGGCUCGAUUGGAACCAAACACGCAGAUAUGGAAUAUCACCUGGCCCGAAACGGUCGAGGGCUGUAACACAUCCAAUCUGUAUUGGAUUUUACUCAACGCCAUUACGAAGCGUCCACUCGAUAGGAACGACUGGCUCUCAGCCCAAGCUUCUGCUGAUCCUCGAGCCCUUUUGCAAAAGUGUCAACAGAGAUAUCAUUUACCGAUGCAAUCUUUUAUCUACAGAGCGACAAAUUUCUUGGCUCAAAUGAUCAAAACUACCCAAUUCAGACGUGGUCUCCCUCCGGCCGAUUUUUUGAAGAAACACCCAGAAGUUGCCCAUCUCUUGCAGGAAGCCGUGUUGCCCUCGCAUGUCGGAAAACUUCCAGAGCCGGGGCCUCCUUUGAAGAUAUGCUACAAGAAGGGAUGGUUGCAGGCAGAAUUAAAUGGAGAUCCUAACGAUGUUCUAGCCGUUAUCCCUACGAUCUAUGUAUUCCCGUCAAACCUACAUAAAAGAUGCGUUGAUUAUCUCAUUCUACACCCUAGUUCAUUCCUAUAAAAGAUUUGUCCUUUCGCAGCAGUCCAGAAUUCUGGGAUGAGACACUGGACCUCGCUCCUGGAGUAGUUUCUCAGUGUGACGGCUCAACGCCUCAGUGGCUGAUAUCGACAAACGCCGCCAUCCAAGCAAACAAAGAAAGCACUUAGCGCGG